AUGUUUUACAGUCAUGAAAUGCUUACGUCGCCCGAUCAUGGGGUCGCCACGAUAUGGCUGAUUGCAACCCUGGGGUCAAAAUCAAUUAGCAAGAAGCUCAAUAGGAAGACUAUAUUGGAUGUCGACGUUCCGAGAGCCUGUCAUGUUAUCAUGGACCCGGAGGCGCCAAUGGCGCUGAGGCUCCAGGGCAAUCUGCUCUAUGGAGUCUCACGAGUAUACAGCCAACAGUGUGGUUAUGCUCUUACGGAUGUCCAGGCAAUGCACGAUAAAAUGCGAACACUGUUGAAAGUCCUACCCGGGGGUGGACUAGAUCCAACUGCUGGGAAGACUAGACCUGAUCAGCUUGUCUUACCUUACGACCCGUCCUUUUUGCCAGAGUGCGACCUCCCCGGGAUGGGAAUGGAUCUCUCUAAACUUAGUUUGCCUUUUGACCCUGCUACAAGUCAGCAUUCCGGCCUCUUAUGGCCGAAGACUCCAGACCUCAGCCAGUCUGAUCUUUCAAGGAGCCCUAGCCUACGCUUUAGUUUCUCAUACGAUGAUAUGAUAGGGAGAAAUGCUGGUGGGAGUGACUCCGACACCAAUGUACCUAGCUCUGCUCAAAGAAGCAUCAAUCUAGGCGGCCUCACAGCUACGACCUUCGCUGAAGAAGGUGGUAUCUUCUUCAGCCUGACUUCGAAUUUGACGAGGAUGGAAAUCUCAUUGAGCUUGGGGAGGCGCAUCGCCAAACUGCAAAAGCAAAUGCCAAUCGACGAAGAAAUAGAUACUACCGCCAAGCAUCAGGAUGAGAGGCCAAUCCAAGCCAGUCGAGCUACUAAAAGACGCCGCAGUGAUUCCGAGUCAACUGAUGAACUUAAAGUUAUUUCAGAUGAGGUUGCGGUGACUAUGCCCCAGAAACGACGAGCCCCUAGAUUACAAACAUUGGAUGACCGAACUGCCUUGAGAAACACAGACCUGGGCAAUCUGAACAGCGACUACGUGCAGAAUAUGGCUAUAGCCUUGAAGCAGAAACGACAGAACAAACUUCCAACACAAGCAAAAAAGAAUGCCGCCUCUGGGUUUUGGUCAAGGAAUUGGUUCAGAGAAGAGCUCUAUGGUGCUCUCGACCCAACUGCAAGACACAAGGGGCGAAAACGGAGCCAUCAUCAUGAUGACAGUGAAGCAGGCUCUGAUGUGCAGUCUGUCCGUGCCAGAGAAGAAUAUGAGGAACAAGUCGGUCGAGGCGAGGUGGUCGACAACCAUGGUAUUUGGAAAGAGGUUGAAAUUGGUCGCCAUGCCCCGUCCGUCUUUCGCGAUGACAACUCGUUCUCAUCUCAGAUGCCAUGGAAUAUCACAGCUUCUAUUCAGAGCUCUCAGCAUGGGUCAUCUGCUACAAGUGGCCUCCGUGGUGUAGCAAAUGUGAGCGAUCCUUCGGCUUCACGAGGCAGGGACCCCACUGCGUCUCACCUUGCUGGUCGCGGACAAUCACGCAACCGUCUAACUAGCGCGAGUCCCCUUGCCGGCAGAGGUAUCCCCUUCGACGCAGAGGCCUUCGACAGCUUGACGUUACCCGGAAAUGAUGACAUGGACGUCUUGAAUGACUUUGAUCUGAGCCAUUAUUUACAGACUGAGCUGUUCGGCGAUGACCAUGGAUACACUGGAGACGACGCCAACGCAAACACGUACAGUCGUCAGCCGACUCUUCAAGAUCGCCUAUCGCAGUCCAGCCUGGACCAAGAAAGCCUGAACUUCCUCGGGUUUCUAACAAGGAAGCUCGAGAUCAUGCCCGGGGAACAUGCUGAAGAACUAGAUGAAGAGGGUUUCAUCAACUCGCUGUCCGCCUUUCAUGGCAGCAAAGCAAUCUGUUUCUCAGCACUUCUGCCACCGGCUGAAACCUCUCCAUCCGUAGCCACACAGGGUUUGAUGCAUAUACUCACACUUGCAACUAAAGGUUUCUUAUCAGUCCACCAGGAGGACUAUAAAGACCGGAGCACUCGAUAUCGUAUCCGAUAUGAGUUUGGGGAGAUAUUUCUACAGCUAUCAGAUAUCUAG